AUGUCGGCGGCGGCGGCGCGCAGACGCCCGGCGGCCGGGGCCGAGGGGGGAGCCCCCGCGGGAGCCCCCGCGCCCGGCGAUGCGGAGCGGGGCAUGGCGGCGCCGGGCCUCUCGCUCUGCCUCAGGCUGCUGGCGGCGGCCUUCUACGGGCUCAGCUCCUUCCUCAUCGUCGUCGUCAACAAGAGCGUCCUCACCACCUACGGGUUCCCCUCCUCGCUGUGCGUGGGGCUGGGCCAGAUGCUGGCGACGGUGGCGGUGCUCUGGGCGGGCAAGGCGCUGCGGGUGGUCAAGUUCCCCGACCUCGACCGGCACGUCCCCCGGCGGACGUUUCCUCUACCUCUUCUGUAUUUCGGGAACCAGAUCACGGGACUGUUCAGCACAAAGAAACUGAACCUGCCGAUGUUCACCGUCCUGCGAAGGUUCUCCAUCCUGUUCACGAUGUUUGCCGAAGGAUUCUUGCUCAAGAAGAAGUUUUCUUGGAGUAUUCAGAUGACCGUAUUUGCGAUGAUCAUCGGCGCGUUCGUAGCUGCUAGCGCUGACUUGGCGUUCGAUCUGGAAGGAUAUAUUUUUAUCCUUAUUAACGAUGCCUUAACAGCUGCAAACGGUGCCUAUGUGAAACAGAAGCUGGAUUCAAAGGAGCUGGGAAAAUACGGUCUGCUGUAUUACAACGCUCUGUUUAUGAUCCUUCCCACCUUGACCAUUGCCUACUUCACCGGAGACGCGCAAAAGGCGGUGGAGUACCAGGGCUGGGCAGACACGCUCUUCGUCCUGCAGUUCACACUGUCGUGUGUAAUGGGGUUUAUUUUGAUGUACUCCACGGUUCUUUGCACUCAGUAUAAUUCUGCUCUUACAACUACAAUAGUUGGCUGCAUUAAGAAUAUUUUAAUAACCUAUAUUGGGAUGUUUUUUGGAGGAGACUAUAUUUUUACAUGGACAAACUUCAUUGGUCUAAAUAUCAGUAUUGCCGGAAGCCUGGUGUAUUCCUACAUCACUUUCACGGAGGAGCAAAUGAGCAAGCAGUCCGAAGCUGGCAUCAAGAUGGAUAUUAAAGGAAAAAGCUCUGUGUGACCAGGGAAAGGCGUUUUUUUGGAAGCAACCUAUUUCUGCUCAGCUGAUCGCAGGCAGAAUG